AUGCUAUCUCACGCCGACCUCCUGGACGCCCGGCUCGGGAUGAAAGACGCCGCCGAGCUGCUGGGCCACCGGGAGGCGGUGAAGUGUCGCUUGGGCGUCGGAGGCUCCGAGCCGGGAGGCCACCCGGGCGACCUGGCUCCCAACUCGGACUCGGUGGAAGGGGCCACGCUGCUGCCCGGCGAGGACAUCACCACGGUGGGCUCCACGCCCAGCUCGCUGGCCGUCAGCACCAAAGACCCGGACAAGCAGCAAGGGCAGCCGGGAGGGCAGAACCCCAGCCAGGCCGGCCAGCAGCAGGGCCAGCAGAAGCAGAAGCGCCACCGGACGCGCUUCACGCCGGCCCAGCUCAACGAGCUCGAGCGGAGCUUCGCCAAGACCCACUACCCGGACAUCUUCAUGCGCGAGGAGCUGGCCCUGCGCAUCGGCCUCACCGAGUCCCGCGUCCAGGUCUGGUUCCAGAACCGGCGGGCCAAGUGGAAGAAGCGCAAGAAGACCACCAAUGUGUUCCGCGCUCCCGGCACGCUACUGCCCACGCCGGGCCUGCCCCAGUUCCCUUCCGCCGCCGCGGCUGCGGCCGCCGCCAUGGGCGACAGCCUGUGCUCUUUCCACGCCAACGACACGCGCUGGGCCGCGGCCGCCAUGCCGGGGGUGUCGCAGCUGCCCUUGCCCCCGGCGCUAGGCAGGCAGCAGGCCAUGGCGCAGUCGCUGUCGCAGUGCAGCCUGGCCGCGGGGCCUCCGCCCAACUCCAUGGGCUUAUCCAACAGUCUGGCGGGCUCCAAUGGCGCCGGCCUGCAGUCGCACCUCUACCAGCCCGCCUUCCCCGGCAUGGUGCCAGCCUCUCUGCCCGGCCCCAGCAACGUGACGGGCUCGCCGCAACUCUGCAGCUCCCCGGACAGCAGCGACGUGUGGCGGGGAACCAGCAUCGCCUCCCUCCGCCGAAAGGCGCUAGAGCACACAGUCUCCAUGAGCUUCACCUAA